GCUCAUCUGGAUGAAAUGAAAAGGCUGUUAGAUGUAAUGCAGCAACGUGCUCCCGAUGUUGAACAUCAGUUCAAAGAAAAGUCAAAUGAGUUGGAAAUGGCGCAGCUUAUCAUACGCCAGUUGUCGGAUAAGGCCAAUAAAAUCCAAGGCGGCAAUCGUAUAGAGACCUUGACGCAGACGCAAUUUAUGUAUGAGCAACAGAUUAGAGACUUACAAGCUAUGGUGCAACAAUUGACGUAUGCCAAAGAACAAGCGAGCAAUCAGUACCAAAGCUACGUGCAACAUCUGAAUGCAGAGAUAAGUACCUUAAGCGAGAAGAAAAUGGGANCAAGCGAGCAAUCAGUACCAAAGCUACGUGCAACAUCUGAAUGCAGAGAUAA